GUUUCGUGGCGUGGGCGCGCAUUGGGGCCUGCGAAGUUAGUUUACAGGGCUCAUCUCGCUUUUUCGCAAAGGGGCAGGGUGUCUGUCGUCGUUCACAUACACAUCUCUUCCUGCCAGUCGAGCCUCGCACUGCAACCUCCCUCCGACGAGGGCUGCUUCGACACACCACGACCCCUAUCCACGUCGCAUAUCGCACGCCCGUCGCACCGCCUAACGCCGACAGUGACCUCAUCCCGCUCGCGUACCAACAUUGAAGCCCCUCGGCUCCGCCAACAGCACAUGCCGCCAGGCACCAACGCGCCGACUGCGAAUUGACUUCCAGAAUGCCCUUCUUCAAGAAGGUCUUUGGGUCCAAGGAUGGAUCGCGCGCUGCGAAGGCGGGCCAUGCCGACAACCAACCUGCCGCACCUCCGAAGCCGCGUUGGGAGGAAUCUUGGACCCGCAAAGAGGUUGCGCCCGACGAGAUCCAGGAGCUUAUACACAAGUGCACACAGGAGCUAAAAUCAAGAGCACUCGACAUCCCCUUCCUGCUGCUACCCUUCCGCCCAGCGUCCGAACCGAGCGCUGCCCGCAACUUUGUGCGCAACUUCUUCAGAGCCAACUACGAGGGGAGCAGGCAGUUUACGGGCGAGGGGCUGGCGCAGGAAUUGCGCCUCGCAGAGCCACUGACUCUCUGCAGUGUAAUGAAAUGGUGCUGGAGCAGACUGCCCGGCGGUGUUGUCAGUUGGGACGCGUACGAGCUUUUCCGCAUCGGGGAGUCGGAUUCCAACUUCGCCAGACACGCCUUUGAUACAUUCAUCCCGCUCAGCGUCGAGUCGGAAGCCCGCAAACGUGUCAUUAUCGACUUCUUCGAUCUGCUCGCUGCGGUAGCUGCACGAGGCAAGAGCAAUGGCAUGGGCGGAAGGAAGCUGUCUCGUAUGGCCGGAUGGUGGGCCUUCCAAUUCACAGACGACGGCAAAGGCUUUGAGGGUGGAUACCGCACAUGGGAGAAGGCCGCCGAUGCUGCUAGCCACUUGUUCUUUGCCUACCUACGCUCGUUAGCUCCAGACUCCGAUGCCAUGAGCGGCAUUAAUGCUCUUCCGCGCUCUCUCCUGUCGCUGCUCUCACAGACCGAGUACCCGCCACAAGCACCACAACUCAUGUAUCAAACAACCACGAAAGUCGUCAUGAUUGUGGACUCCGUGUCACCCACGCCAUUUGCCCUCUUGCGCAGGGCGAAGAACUUUGAAUACCGCGACGACGAUGAGGCUCUACAGGCCUUCUCAUCUUACGACGAUACCGUAACAGCUUUGACUGACGAGUGCCGCAGAGUGCUGGAUUGCAUCUCUAAUGCCAAUCAUUCUGUAGCAGCAACGUCUGAGGGGUCGAAGCAAGACCCGUCCUGGUCAAAGUUCGAAGACAUGGGUUUCUCAGGACUGCUUGAUAGUCCCUCGCUUGGUACAAACGGCACGACGAGCUCUUCCGGUAUGCGGGAAUUCUCAAGCAUGAAUCCGGCGGCACGCUCAAGGAAUACCGAUUUUGGUCGACCUACAACACCUUCGUGGGCCGAUUUUCUUUCCACUGGAUUCCCAGACGAGAACAAAAAUACGUCGGCAUUCCUGUCCCCAUCUGCGAAACUCCCGCCCAUCGGCGAAGCUGCUCGCGUGCAAAGCUCGCAAUCGCAUAUGCGCAAUCUGCGCGGCGAAGAGGAUCUGGAUCCCGGCGAGUUGGCGAGCAUCACUCAACUCGACCUUGAUGACACUUUUUGGUGGGUUUGGAUGACGAGUCUGGCAUCGGAAGAAACCACUGAGCGUAAAGCUGCGUUUGGAAGAUGCACAUUGAUUGAGACAAGGAUCCCAGGUGCCAAAUGGCUUGUAGUCGAGGAGCAGGUCAAGGGUGCUUCACCUGGGCAGGAAGAAGGAGCCUACAUCGCGGAGAAGAAAUCCAUGUUCAGCUGGACCAAAAGGAGUCGACUGGGGCGUAGGAAGUCCACAGGCAAAAAGCCAACAGCGUCAAAGGAGCCGUACAGCCGCACUACUCAGAACACGCCGAUGAGCAAGACCAGUAUCGGACCAGAUCAGCAUGCUCGGGUGCAAGCCGCUGCAGCAAGACUAGCACAGGACCAGAGAGACCAAAAAGCUGCUGAGCAAUUUGCCCAGCGCCGUGGUAGGAAUGAAGAUACCAUGUCAACGAAGACGAACAGUGUCCUUACUUUGCAGCCUCACCUUGUGAGCGAAGCCGGGCCUGCCAUGAAGUGGGACAAGAAAUUUGGCGAAGGAGCCAAGGAUAAAGACCAACUCCGUGCUCAGUACCUUGGCGACGUAAACGCUGGCAAAGGCUCGAAGACCAACCUUCUUUCUGUUGCCAACGGGAACGCGAGUACGGCGGCUCUGUCUCAGCGCAGUAAUUCGAACCGCGAUCUUCCUGCGCUGCCCAAGGAUGAAGAGAACGCGUCGCCAUCUCCUGCACCGCAGACUUUCUCAGAAUCGCAGUACAACGGAGCAUCCAGCUCGGUCCAACCACCUCCGGAAAAGCCAGCACUGUCGUCUGCUAUUCUCGACGACAAAUCCGGUCCCGCAUUGGACCAGCAUCCAGCGCUCAGAAAGCCUGUUCCAGCGCCGGCCGAAGCACGGCCCAGCGAGGAGCAUGCGCUCGUCCAAGAUCCGAAGAAGUCCCCUCCUACAAAAUUGAAGAAGAACAAAAAAGAGGGCGGUGGCGGGUUCCGAAAGCUCUUCGGCAAGAAGAAGACUGAAGUGCCAGUGGCAGCACCCGUUGAGAACGACGAUGAUGCGCGCCUGCGCGCAAUUGAGGCUGCCCGCAGCGUCUCCCGAAUUGACGAUCACAGCGACGCCCGCGAAGCUUCCCCCACCCGCAGUGUCGAGAGGCCGUUGGCACCUCCCGCGUUCCCUGCCAGUCCCGCAGUCUCGGCCAUCUCGAAGACCUACCACGAACCAGCGCUUCAGGUGACCCCUACCCCGAACAGACACCAAGAGCCUGAGGCAGAUACCGCAUUCUCCCGCUUCGACCAGGGACCCAUGGACGACAUGCCUGCUUUCGUGCCCGAUGAUUCCGACGACGACGAUGCGGCGCCCAACGUGCCCCGUCACGCACCCGCAGCAGAACCAGAGGAGUCCACCCCUUCCCGCCGCUCCAUCGACGGCAUCUCAGAGGAAUCAGUCGACCUCUCGGCGCAAGCACCCACGUCGAACGAUCGCUGGGCCCAAAUCAGGAAGAAUGCUGCCGAGCGCGCUGCGCGGCUGAGCGAGGAGCAGUCGCGCCGGAGCCACAGCCAGAGCGUGCGGACUGACGAGGGCGAGACGAGCGGCGAGGAGACGAUCGAGAGCCGCGUCGCGCGCAUCAAGGCGCGUGUGGCGGAGUUGACGGGUAAUGUUGAGGGCGGGCCGGCUGGGCAGGCGGCGGCCAGACGGUAGGGGCAGUAUUCUGCAUUUGCGAUGAAUCUUCCCACGCGUAAUCGUCUUUGUUCGCUGGAGCGUCUGUUGCUCUACUCUGCAAUGCUCUACUCCACUGCUCUUCUGAUACCCCCUUUCUAGCUUCGGAUAAUACCCCUUCCUCUUUUUGUUCUUGCUGCUGCUACCCUUUUAUUCGCGUGUACCUACGGUAGUAAGAUAUGCCAUUCCUAGUGGACAUGUAUGCGAUUAUAGAAUGGUUCCAUGGUUGCCUGUACGCAUUAUUUGAGUUGCACCC